UAAAGAGACGCAGAAUGCAACGCUAAUAGUAGACGGGUAGGUACGGUGUAGUCGGGAGCGGCACACUUGUGGUGUCAAGUUGCUCUGGCGUUUGCACCUGUUGCUGUUGAAGUGGUUCCAUUUGUUGUUGCUAUGGGAUUGCCAGCAGCUGGCGCUGUUGCUGCUGUGACCCCACCGUGGGUUUGUUGGUAUCAUUGGCAGAUGGUCCAAUAUUUGUCGCCUGUCCCAUGCUCUGCAUGGCCACCGGAUGAGGUAGCGGAUGAGGCGAAGAGGCCAGUUGGAAGUUGGAAGUUCUGCUUCUCGGCUGACCAAAAGCCUUCUCCCAGAGCUACCCUCAAAAAGAGCACUUCCAGUCAGAGUAAGGAAGGAUUGCUUGCGUGGAAUGAGAUUGUCUUGGACGAGCAGCUUCCAGCCUGAUUGGCAACAUCGAAUUGUGGGGAUAAGUGGAGCUGUGGCGUCAUGGGUGUCCGCAGCGUUCGAAGUCGUUUUCCUAGCAGUUUCCUCCUUUUAAGGGAUUUAACAACCACAAUGUCUCAAAUACAAGGAUCAUGGAAAGCAACCAAGACUGCCUCGAUCUGGUCCAGCGCUCGCACUCGAAAACAACCCUCAUUGCUUGCCUUCAUCUCGGCUCGUCGUUGUUUCGAAAAAGCAACCAACUUUGACGACUCUGAUCCGCGACAACGGGCACAACAGCGAAGACAGUAGUGCCAACGACAAAUGACGACGACAACCGUCGUCUCGAAGGAAGCGGAGUCAUUCAAAGGUGUUUUCACGCAAGGAUCGGUUGGCAACGUCGAAAGAACUCUUGAAGGAAGCCUCGGAAGACCCAGUUCAACAACACAGACGUUGAAAGUACAAGUCAAGAGACUCCACUCGGAGACGAGAGCACACCACGGAUACAACGAUUCCUAGUACAUUUCAAGCAAACAGAAAGACGUCGAUCACUGUGAAGAGGAGCUUUGAGGAGCAGUUCAGGACCAGACUACUAGAGCGCCAACAUUCGAGAGCCGCGACAAAACCAACUCCAAGACCUGGCCAAAGAAAGUCUUCCUGAUUGGUUUCUUGCAGAAGCCAAGAGGCUUGGAAUUCUCCAGGAAGGGGAGUCCAUGUCGGCGACUGAUUUCUUGAGAAACGUUGUAAGUCUUCAGGAACACUGCAAGAAUGCCGAGAAGGAAAACAAGAAGCUUCGGACGGAAAUCGAUUCCGCAUUCGACGUCGUACAAGGGACGGCAUUCGACACUGAAGACCGCAAUGGGGAAGGCGUUGUUAAAAAGCUUGUUGGGAAUCUCCAUGAAGGUCGGGACGAAGCAGAGCUAGCUAGGCUAGACGCCGAAGACAAGUUGUGGGCUCUGCAGCUUCGGCAGGGAUACAUUGUUUGCAACGAGGCCGCUCACAGACACUUUCAAUGGACGCUCUUUCAUCGAACCUUGAGCAAGAAAGAGAUCUCAGACUGUUUCUUGCAACAAUUCAAGCUGCUUUGCAUGACCAUUGAAAAAGGGCUGCGAGAGAAUGAAAACGCAACAGCCGAGGAUAUCUUGAAUAUGAUGCUUCCUCUUAUGAAUGACGACGAAAUACGACAUGGUUUGCCCUGCAUGGUUCUCGGUCUCGUCGAGGCCACGAAGGGAAACAGUGAUUUACUCACUCCUCGGCAAUACAUCGAGCUCGCUGAUGACGCGACUGCGCAGAAGAAACCUGGUAACGCGGUGGCUCGUCCCUUUUUGACAGAAGAGACCAUACAGCAUAUUGUCACCCGAGCAACUACCUGUGGGGACGGCUCCGAACGUUCGAAACAGAGCUUUUCGAGGACUUUCGAGACUGUCGCGAAGAACAAGAACCAAAGGUUGCAAGAUCAUCAUCUUUCCGCCUCAAGCGAUCAUGCGUUCAGCGAAACGUACCAAUUCAAGGAUGCAGCUUUGAAGGCUAGACUCGAGCCGAAGACCAGAGAAAGUUGCAUCUAGAUGGCCGAUUAGCGAAAGGAUCACGAAGCAAGAGUUGGGAUUGUGCGCCACUCCGGUGUCAGCUUCAGGAUCGGCUCCAGGCACUCCAGGCACUCCAGGCCCACUGACCAGUCCCAGUCCUGGUCCCCCAAUCAUUCGCCGGCCCAACCUGCAUCUCUUGACGGCCAUCAUAAUCGGCAGAUAACACAACAUGGGUCAUCAAGUGCAGGUGGCCGCAGCGGCAGCCACCAACAAGGACGAGAUACGCACGUAAGUGGCCACAUCGGCGGCCAGCAACGAGGGCGAGAUGUAC